GUCCCUCCCCUUGCUCGUCACCCGCAGAAAACGAAACUAAUUUUUCCAAAGGCGCAAAGGACUUUUCUUUUUCUGCACCGUCCGGACGGAUACAUUCAUUUCUGGGAUCCACUUGCAAACGCAGAAAAUGGAGGAAGAAUUUCAGUUCCUGUUGUGUGAGAAAUGCAAGAAAGAAGCUCAGAACCCCAAACUCCUCAGCUGUCUUCACACCUUGUGCUCCGAGUGCAUCGAAGAAAACAAGCCCAUCGGCCGCUGUCCGGUUUGCACGGUUGUCGUCCGCCAAUCCCAGGACAACCUCCUCUUCACGCAACUGCAAGCCAGUCUGAACACCUACCGGAAGAUAGCCACCGGCAAAGAGUUACUGUGCCUCCGUUGUAAAAUGGCGGCAGAGUUUUGGUGCUCCGAAUGCAAAGAGUUGCUUUGCAUGAAAUGCUACGAGGCCCACCAGUGGUAUUUAAAGCAGAAGAGCCACGAGGCCCAGAAACUGGAGGAUGUGAAGAUGGAUUCCGCCACCAAAUUCCUGGCAGGCAUGCGGAAGUUCUGCACGCUCUUCUGCUCCAAUGUAUCUCACAGUAAUCAGGGUCAGAUUGCAAAUAUUUAUUGUCGCCAGUGCUGCAAACCUCUGUGUUGCUCCUGUGCCGUGCUGGACAACGAACACUGCAAAUUCUACUGUGACAUCAACGUGGAAAUCCAGCAGAGGAAGGCGGAGCUGCGGAGGAUGAACGAGGAUCUGCAGGAGAAGAAGAAUUGUUACGAGCAGACCUACGGCGACCUCCAGCAACAGGCGAAGGAGAUGGAGAAGGUGCGGAACAAAACCCAGGAGCAGAUUCGAGAAAAAGUGGAGGAGAUGGUCCAGUGGAUACGGCAGAAGGGAGAGCAGCUCCAGGAGGAAGUGGACAAGCAGAUGCAGAAAGAGUGUGAGGACAUCGAGGCAAAGCUGCGGGAGAUGGAGCGCGUGGUCAACCGGAUGAAAACCAGCAAGCAGCUGGUGGAGAAGAUGAGCGACUUUGCUUCCGACCAGGAGGUGAUAGACAUGCACCCGUUCAUCAAGGAGUCGCUGGAAGAGCUCAAGAAGGAGAAGGUGUCUUUGCCGGGGCAGAGGGUCCAGAUAAGGAACUUUGCGGAGAUCAAAAACAAGCUCCAGGCUCUUUGUGACAAAGUGAUGGGGCAGAAAGAUCUUGCCGCUCCCAACAAUGUGCCGCCUUCUGCUCCUGCAAUCAACUCGGCAGUUCUGCAUAACGAGAUCAGCCAUCCCAACCCCCCGGGGAAACAAACACCUUUGUAUACCAUCAACCUUGCAAAGAGUCUUCAUGGAUUCACCCCUUCCAUAACCACCCCAAGAAAGCGACCUCCAAAUCAAUGUGAAAAAUCCAUCCAGGCCUCCCCAAAGUUGCUGAAGCACGAAGCGCAUGACAGCCAGGAAGGAGAAACCUCUGCUGGUCUCACCCAAGACACAACAACGUGCAUUUCUUGUUCCCACGAAAUGACCCCAGAGAAAAACCAGAGAAUCACCAUCAGCUCAGCUGACGUGGAUCAUUCUCCCCCAGAAAUCUAUGAAUCAGAGGUCGGCAGUAUCGUGAUCAGCAGUUCCGAGGACACAGAUGUUGACACCGUGCUGCUUGCAUCAAGAAUGGAAGAACACUCCACCCAUCCCCACUGACGCUCUUCGUGUUCCAAAAGGCCGUCUGGCUGGAUUACUUCUCUUUCUCGUCGUGUGCGAGGGUAGCUCUUGAGCCCUUCUGAAGUGAUUCUAAAAAGUGCUUUUAUGGCCUGCGUUUUCCAUUCUCCAUCUUGUUUGCUAAAAUGGCCGCAUCUCAUUGUAUCAUGAACAUUUCCUUCCCGGCUUGCAGUUUUGCUAUCUUCCCAAGAAUGUAUUCAUGUGCACGUAUCUCGAUGGUUGUACUGGACGCUUGCUUCUAAGUCCUACGAGUGCAAGAUUAAGUUGAGCAUUACGUGUCCCGUUGCUACGCGUGCCCGUUCCUCUUGGCGCAGUGUACAACAAAAGGGCUUUAAAGUGCCCCUGCAGCACUAGUGGCCAGUUGCCAUGGGCAGCAGUGCUAAUGGUUGCAGCAGAUUGUCAGAAGUUGGUUGCAGUAGCCCGAUUAGAUGCUACUUUUACUUAAUGCCCAUGCUGAGGAAGAGUGUUUGGUUUCUGUAAAGGUCCUUAGGACUUUUAUUUAAAAGAAGGAAUUAUUGCAAUAGGACAAGUUUCUCAAAAGUGAGGCUGAACCACCUGCCAAGGUUUUAUGCCUCCUCUUUCAGGACUGAAAAAAUGACUAAAAUUUAAUCACUACAUUUCAUAGAGAUUUCAACAUCACUCCAUGUUCUAAGCAGUAGAACGCAGUUUGCAGCGAUCACGAUCGCCUAAUAUUCUCCUCCUUAAAAGGAAAUCUUAUUUCGGUGCUUUCUCUGUCUUGAUUCUGUAACGUUUGUAACAUUUUGAAACUUUUAGAUUGUUCAGAUCAGUAUUAAAUAGUCCAACAAACGCUUCCC